CAGCAGCUCUUCCCACAAACACGUCAUCGUUGUUUACAUUCGUCCAGUGGGGUUGUCAGCAUAGAAACAGUUUUCACCGAAUUUUCAAUAGUCCUUUAACAAAAAAAGUGAUGACGUUUUUUAUUUUCGUCCCAGUAUGGGUUUUACAGCUUGGUGCAUCAGGCAUUAAUGCAGACAGUGUUUCAUUGUUUGUGAUGGAGAGAGAUUCAGUCACUCUACACACUGAUGUUAGAACAAACCAGCAAGAAAAGAUUAAAUGGUUUUUCAAUGACAUUCGCAUUGCUCAAAUCAGUGACUAUCUCAGUAAGACCUGUACAGACGUCCAGUGUAAUGAAGGCACAGAGAGAUUCAGAGACAGACUGAAGCUAGAUAAUCAGACUGGAUCUCUGACUAUCACAAACAUCACAAACACAGACUUUGGACUUUAUAAACUACAGAUCAUCAGCAGCAGCAGCAUGAGUGAAAAGAUCUUUAGUGUCAUUGUCCAGGAUGUCCCUGGUGCAGAGAUGGAUAAAAUGAAGUCAGUAAAGGAAGGAGAAUCUGUCACUUUAGAUCCUGGUGUAAUAACAAACCCAAAUGAUUUGAUAAUAUGGUAUUUUAAUGACAUUCGUAUAGCUGAAAUCGCUAGAGAUCCCAGUAAGAUCUGUACAGGUGAUAAGUGUGACGAUGCUGACGGGAGAUUCAGAAACAGACUGAAGCUGGAUCAUCAGACUGGAUCUCUGACCAUCACAAACACCAGAAUCACAGACUCUGGAGUUUAUCAUCUUGAGAUCAUCGCCAACAGCACCAGCAUCCACCGUCAGCGCAGCAUCAGAAUUACCAGACUUGGUGGAGCUGGCUCUAAUGGGAUUGUGUAUUUUCUUGCUAUAGCCGGAGUAUGUGUUGGUGUUCUGCUAGUGGUAGCAGGUGUAUCAGGAGAGUGGCGGAGAAUACUUGCCAGUGUAAAGAGAUUCUUCUGUCUCUCACCAAAUAAUCAAACAGCUGUCCUGUAAUUCCACAGCGGACCAAACAGUGUCAUUUACAGUACAAUGUAAAAAAAAAAAAAAAAAUAUAUAUAUAUAUAUAUAUAUAUAUACACUUUACAGUGGAAAGGCAUAUAGUCCUUUUUAUGCUUUUAAUAUAUAUCAGUUAUGCACUUUAAAUUUAAAAUGUAUGUUUUGUUCUGUAAACAUUUUUCUGUAUCUGUACAGCAGAAUACACUGUUUUUUCUACAAUGUACAAUGCUGUCUUAAUGUGAAAUAUGACUUGUAAUGUGUUUGUAUAUUUUCAAAAUGGAUCAAAGUGCAAUUAACUACACCUAGUAUAUGCUAAAUGUGCAUUUAUGAUUUCAUGCUAUGUAGCAUACUGUUUGUAAUAAUUUUCAUAUUAAAGGGGGCAUUGGAUGCCUAUUUUCCACAA